GCGUCCCUCUGUCGAGUAUCGAUUACUUACUACUCGCUUUCCAUUUGGGCCUAGCAGGCCGGCCCAAAAUUAUAUUUUCCUUUUAAAAAUCUUUUCCUUUUUCUUGUAAAGAUAAGAGCUUGGCUUGUAGUUGCAAGGGCGCUGAAGAAACACAGAGAGGGUUUGGAAAUGGAGAAGUACUUCGGGAAUGCAUAUAGAGGGGACCCGGGAGUGCCUCAUGCGAGUCCGGAUCGGUUCGUGAAUAUAUGGAUCGGGUCAGCUGCUUUCUCCGCUCUCACUUGGUUCAACCCUUACAUGUGGCAGCUCUCUAACCAAUUCAAUUGGCAUGACAAAGCAAUGUUAUUUGAGCAAUACCAUUGGAAGAAAGCAAUGGCAAAGAAGCAACCAUACAAAUUUAAGUGGAACGAGUACAUGGACAAGGAUCACAGGGACUCGUAUUAUUUCAAUUGGCCUGUCUACUUCCCUUAGUUUUUUUGUUUGUGUAGGCAUGCUCUUUGAUAAGUAGUUUGGGCAAAGAGGAUUGUACCCUGUUGAAAAGUUGGUGUUUCUUUAUGGUUUCAUCCCUUCUUCCCAAUCCGUUAUGCUGCCUUGACUCCUCCCUCUCUCAUUUCAGUGGAUUUGAAGUCUUUCAAGUAACAGCAGGAUCUUUCGUUAUCUUUUUCCAUAUGUUUCUUAUGAUGCUGUUGAGUGAAAUAUGCCUUUCUCUAA